GCCGGUUGACCAUCCCCGCAGCUCCCGUCAGACGGUGCCAGUUUCUUGCAGCAACGCAGUCAGCACUGAGAGUGCCAGUAAGUGACAGACAACCAACCUGCAGGCCGUCCGGGCCCAGACCGCUACUCCGGUAAAGAAAGAGGCACGGAGGCAAAUCGUGAUUUGUCCCCGUUGAGCCUUGUGUGUUGGACUGAUUGUCGUAGAAUACUACCUCUUCGGCCGCUGUCGCAACAUCUUUUCCUAGGUUAGGGACGUCUCCGUGGAUUCCUUCUCGAUCUUGCCGCGUGCGAAUCAUGACUUUGCCGUGUAUAUCUGCCUGCUCGGUUCACUCAUUGUCACUGUGUCAUGAUGGCUUCACCCCCAUUGCACCGGUCCUACCUAUCGUGGGACAUUCUGCGCCCCUGUCUUGACUGCUGCGAUCGGCUUUGGAUUAAUGAGCGCGCCAUCUUUGGGGAAUGUGUCGGCGCGGUUGCAUGGAUCCCCACAAUACUGGCACUGCUUUUUCCAAUUGUGAGGUAUGGUCUUCGACCUGCUUGGAACCGCAGGGGGCUCUGGCUCCGCGACUUCGCAGCCGAGGAGCCCGGGGAGGCAGAAGGCAUCUCGACCGACCUCAUCCCAAUCAAGAAGCGAUCAUGGAGCGUCCCGGCAGUCACGCUCAUCUUGAGUGCGACGAUGGGCCUCGUGAUCAGCAUUCUGGCUACGCUGAGCCCUGACGCAGGGCCACUGUUCUCUGUCCCCUUGAUACCGCAUGUUAUUACCAUUAUCAUACUGCUGAUAGAAAGGCCACGGUCCACCCCGGGUCCGGCUCUUGUGCUGCAAGUCGCGCUGCUACUCGUACAGCUCGUCAUGUUCAGCACUAUCCUACAAGUCUUUCCCAGGUCUGCUGUCUGGAUAUGGGGAUUUGAGAUGGUGAACCCCUUGGUAUCGAUCAUUUUCAUUGUCAACAUGCCAAUGCGCGACCCGCUCCUCCACAACGAGGGCAUCUGCGAUCCGUAUUCUACACCCACGGUCAAGUUGCGCAGCCCGGAGGAUAAUUUCACCCUUUGGCAGUGGAUGACCGUCGGUUGGAUGUCGCCAAUCGUGAAAUUGGGGUGUCAGAGACAGCUUCAUGAUGAGGAUGUGUGGACUUUGCCGCUCGAGUUCCAGCACAGUCGCCUGCAUCGCCUUUUUCGAGAGGUCCCCGGUUCAGUUCUCGCGCGCGUAUUCAAGGUCAACGCACCGGACCUGAUAGUCACCACACUUUUGGGCAUCCUGGAGUUGAUAUGCUCCCUCGUUCCAGUCGUCUUUCUGAAGCAGCUACUCGCGGCCCUCGAGGGCGAGCAUCCUAAUCGGAAUGUAGCGGUUGUCUACGGCGUGUUCAUAUUAUUGGCUCGUCUUGUCGGCGCUCAGUCUGGUGUUUUCAACCUCUGGUUCUGUCGGCGAGCUUACGAGCGAUCUCGGGGCGAGAUGAUAACCAUGAUCUACGAAAAGACCCUAAUGCGUAAAGCAUUCACCUUCCCUAGCGAUGUCGAUGAGGACGGCAGCGAAGAGAAAAAUAAAGGCGAGGCACUCAACUCAGGCCCCGCAUCCAUGGGCAAGAUUCUCAACCUGAUGCGCAACGACGUCUACGAGAUUGCUCAGCGUUUCUGGGAGUUUGCCAAUCUUGUCACGAAGCCGAUGAGUUUCGUCCUUACCAUCGUGUUGAUCUGGCAGAUCCUUGGACCGGCGGCUUUGGGCGGCGUUCUGCUGAUUGUCUUCGCCCAGUUUCUCAACGCCUUCAUCGUCCGCUUCCUUGUCAGCUGGGAACGAGGCCGUCGUGCUGUCACCGAUGUCAAGCUGCAGAUAACUUCACAAUUUGUCGAAGCUAUCCGCCACCUGCGAUGGUAUGACUGGCAGGACAAGUGGUUGGGAAACAUCCUGGCCUCACGGCAGAAGGAGCUGAGAUACAGGGUCAUCGUCAACCUGCUCAGCAAGGCCGUCGCGGCGACGAACAAGAUCUCGGCGUAUUUCUUCCCUGUGGCUGCAUUUUAUGCUUACACUAUCAUCGGCCAACAACCGUUGCGAAUUGAUGUUGCUUUCCCGGCGCUCAAUCUGUUCACAAUGCUCAAUCAGAGUCUUAACGAGUUGCCUGGGCUCAUCACGGUGCUAUUGAAUGCCUCGGUGGCCAUGGGACGGAUCGAGAGCUUCAUGGCGGAGCUGAACAAAGAAGAGGAAUACGGCUCGGGAGCGGGAGCGUACGGAGAGGCUCGCACAGAGCGACUGGGAGAACUCAAAAUUGCAUUCCAAAGAGCCUCGUUCGCGUGGCCAGGCUCUCCGGCUCAUAAACAAGUCCUCUCCAACGUCUCCUUCGAGGCCGGACCAGGAGUCACUGCUAUCUGUGGCAAGGUCGGCUCAGGCAAGACAGCGCUGCUGCAUGCAAUCUUGGGCGAACUGGAUGACCGUGGGGGAAGGAGAACGGUGCCAAAUGAGAUGAUCGGAUACUGCGCGCAGACCCCAUGGCUGCAGAGCAUGAGUAUUCGCGAGAACAUCUUGUUUUCUUCCGGAUACGACGAGGCCAGGUAUCGUCAGGUCCUCACAGCCUGUUGCUUGAUGCCUGAUCUGGAUAAAUGGAAAGCUAGAGACUUAUCUAUGAUCGGUGAGAAUGGUGUCGGACUCUCUGGUGGACAAAAGGCGAGAGUGGCUUUGGCGAGAGCGAUCUACAGCAGGGCCAGAAUUUUGCUGCUUGAUGACCCCAUAGCUGCACUGGACCAUCAGACCGCCGAAGCGAUUUUACAGAAUCUUUUGACCAACAAGACUUUUAUGCAAGGGCGGAUGGUCGUAUUUGUCACCCACAGGAUGGAUCUCUUGACGCAGCAUGCCAAUCAAGUACUCGAGGUAUCACAAGCCGGGACGGUCAAUGUCAUCUCGCGCGAGGAAAUCAAGAAUCACCAGGAGCUUUUCCACUUUGCGGCCAAAAAUGGGCAGCGCCGGCAGUCAAUUGACGAGGAUGAGCCAGCUGAGGGAGACGACGAUGUUAUUCCUGACAAGUUUAUCGAAGAAGAAUACCGCGCCCAUGGAGGCGUCAUGGCUUCGGUGUACUGGAAGUACAUUAAAGCAGGCAAUCUGUGGUACUGGGGGCUACUAAUUCUCCUAUUCAUCAUGUUCCGAGUGUCGCGAUUGACGCAUUUCUACUUCCUCAAAGUCUGGGGUGAAUCAUACGAACCGGGAGGGUCAUCCGAAGUCUAUCUCGCCGCAAGCAACGAGCCAGAGUAUAACUUCCGCACGGCUAAUAUGUCCCCGGUCGGCGCCGCCGCUGCCCCGAAAGACUGGUUGGAUAUCGACUUCGACCUCCCGCCCCCCGACGUCAAUGUGCGCCCUUGGCUGUUUUGGUUCUUCAUAAUUGCCCUUCUACAGUUCAUUUCCUUCGUCCUGUCCGAUCUCACCAUCGUGCUCCUCAUCUACACCGCGGGCAAGCACCUUUUCGAACAGGUCAUGCUGAAGGUUGCGAAUGCGACGUUCCGCUUCUACGAUGUCACUCCCGUUGGAAGGCUGAUGAACAGACUCACGAGCGAUAUUGGCACCAUAGACGGACAGAUUGUCACACAAAUCCGCGAUGUUGUAUGGUACUUCAUGUUCUGGUCCUCGAGUCUCUUCGUCAUCGCUUCUACUGCGCCUGUCUUUCUCGCCAUCGCCUUUGUUAUGACAACACUCUUCGUCAUGAUCUUCCUGCGCUUUCUACCCGCCUCGCAGUCACUCCGCCGCCUCGAGAUGGUCUCCCUAUCGCCUCUCAUGUCCAAUUUUGGAACGCUUCUCGAAGGGCUGACAACGGUGCGCUCCUUUCGCGCACAGCCGCACUUCCAGGACCGCAUCAUCGUGACAACCGACGCCUUCCAGCAGAUGGAUCAUUUCUACUGGUCGCUCCAGGCGUGGCUCAUGUUCCGAUUCGAUACCCUGUCCGCGCUUUCCACCUUCAUCCUGACCAUGUCGGCCCUGUUCACUGGCCUCGGAGCCGGCACAGUCGGCUUUGUCCUCGCGGCGGCGGCGAACUUCGUCGCCUGCACACACAACAUGUGCCGCAAAUACGGUGAGUUGCAGAUGCAGUUUGUAUCUGUUGAGCGUGUCAUUGAGCUCAUGGACCUGGAGGAGGAACCUCGCGGCGACUUUGACCCCCCUGCGGCAUGGCCAAGCUACGAUGAUGACAUCGUAUUUGACAAUGUCACGGUCCGGUAUGCCAAGGGUCUUGAUCCAUCGCUGCGCAACCUGAGUUUCCGCAUCCCUGCCGGCGCAACCGUCGCGGUCACAGGCCCAACCGGUAGUGGGAAGAGCACACUUGCGCUAACGCUUCUGGGGACGAUGUUGCCCGAGUACGAUGAGUCCACAAGCACGUUGGGAAGCAUCAGGAUAGGAAAUGUCGAUGUGGCCACGGUGAACAAGCACGCGCUGAGACGGCGCAUCAGCUUUGUCGCACAGGACCCAGUCUUGUUCCCAGGCACCUUGAGAGACAACCUGGAUCCUAUCCGCGAGCACUCCGACGAGGAAUGUGAACUGGUACUGAGGAGGGUGCUCGGCGCGGUAGACGAGCUUGAGGAUGGCCUCGCCAGCGGCUCAAUCACACCAGGCGGCUCACAGCCCACAUGUGAACCGCACAGCGAGAGUUCCGCCUCCAGCUCCAGCGCCAACGCCAGCAGUAACAACGCCAGUGUUGGAGCCAGCGAGACGGAUGAGCACCCCAUCAACGGCGAUACUGCGAAGCCGAGCACGAAUGGGCAUGCUAAUAACGUCUCCAACGGCAACGGCCACGGCGAUAUCAAGCAAAAUACUUCAGCCUUCUCGCUGUCCACGCGCAUCGACGGCGGCGGCAAGAACCUGUCGCAGGGCCAGCGGCAGCUCAUCGGCCUCGGCCGCGCGGUGCUCCGCCGCAGCCCCGUGGUGAUCCUGGACGAGGCGACGGCGAGCAUCGACAAGAAGACGGCCUUCUACAUCCAGCAGGUCCUCAGGGAGGAGCUGCGGCAGAGCACGGUCAUCACCAUCGCGCAUCGGGUGGAGGCGGUCAAAGACGCCGACUUCGAGAUUGUGCUGGACAAGGGUGGGCUUGUCAGGGCGAGGAGCCUUUCUGGCGGUGAUGCUCAGUGAGGAGGGGGAUAAAACUGUACCAAUUCCUUUUGCUUUCUGAUAUGUUUUCUUUCUUGGGGUGGGACAAGUUGUUCUGGAUAGGGUUUGCAAGAGGGUAGGAGUGAGUGUUCUCUUGGAUGUGCUGAGUAUAUGUUGGGGUUGCAUCUAUUGGAUUUAUGAGAAGAAUGAGUGCUGAUCUAUAGAUGAGGCCUGAACUUGGCUGAAAAUGUUUUAGAGUUUUCACUGGACGACUAUUAGAUACGCACAUCCUAGUUGUGGUACUCUGCCUUUAAGAUAUUAGCAUACCUUCAUGAGCCAAUGAAGAUGAUUG